UGUGAAACUGGACAACCUCGUGCGUUUCAAAAAUAUACAGCCCAUCUCAGCUGGAACCAACGUGCAUUGUUCAAGUUAACGGUUGCAUCGUUAGAGCAUAUAAAUAUCAGAAAUCAGCCAACUUAUUUUACUUACAAAUCCCUACCGAAUAUAAGCUUUAUAGCACUUGGGGAGCAGUUGUCGCAUCGCAAUUGCGAGCAAUGGGUCUUGCAACAUAAAAAUACGACAGUAUUGCUAACUCCUAGGUUCCUAUCGCCUGAGUGAUUGGCAGCAUGGCGGAUCUACGUUGGCCUCCCAGAUCUCCCUACGAGGCGCUCAUGAGCUCUCCCAAUGGGCGCAAGAGAUUCAAAGAGAUGCAAGAACGUAGGCUAGCCGCCAGUGCCUUUACGAAGGGCUUCACCACGUCCCCAUAUGUACGAACGAAAGCUAGUCAGCUACUGGAGGACGGGGUCGAAAAUGAUCUAGAAGAAGGCGAUGACGAUGAUGAAGACGAAGAAACGCUACAGUUGAAACUAGCGGCGAUUGAGGCACGACUAAAACUUAAGAAGUUACAGCAGAGCAAAUCCAAGUCGAAGCCCCCCAAUUUCGACAAAGAGACAAACAGUGAUGCACCUAUUUAUCCCUCCAGACCACCCAGCCGAUUCCUUAUGGAACGCAAGCGGAAGGCAGCAACCAUGUCGCAGCAAGAUAAUAUACAGGUGCCGGUGUCACCUUCGAAGAGAUUGGUCGCUCCAGCGGAUCCUAUUUCUCCACGACGAAUUGUGCUCGGCAUUGACAAGGGUAGGAAGGGAAACGAGGUAUCGCUAAGACGGCCUCCCAGUUCGAGUUCAACGGGGAGGCCCUCGAGCUCUAUUGGAGGAUACCGGGACGAGCUAUUGCUGCGGCGGGCGCAUAGCUCAACUACUCGGGGCGCACGCCUCACUGCUGACGAAGGGAUACAAAGACCCAAAAGUUUCAGUGAGAGGGUUGCUGAGAGCAGAUCAAUGGAUAAAAACAGAAGGCAGAAAACACAACUUCUACACCGUAAAAGGAAUACCACUUUUGCAGUUGACAAAGACGAAAUGGAGCGUUUUCAUCUUGCUGCGAAGGAAGAAUCGGGCAAAGCGUCAAGUUUCGAUUCUCCAAGGAAAUCACAGUGCGUCGAGGAAUUCAGCAGGGACGAUGUCAUCCAGUCUUACAAUCUGUCGGGUUCUGGACUACGAAAAAGCAAAAGCAUCUCGAGUAUUCACGGCAAAGGGCCAGUUACCCAAUGCACCCCAACAGAGGGUGGUACUCACCAAUCUCUGGGGUUUCAGCGGCAACGAGAAGCGCGCCCUGCACCAUACAGCACUGAGGGUGACUCACAAAAUAUCAAACCAACAAAAGAAUCUGAUCCGUCCAAAUUUGAACCCUUCUCGGGGCUUCACCUCUCAAAUCGAAUCUUGCCUCACUCCUUCCUGACCCGAACCCUUGACGACAAGAGCCCUAUGCGAAUACCGGACUUGCUAAAAACCAUUAAAGGACCUCAAUUCGACCCACCAGAUAUAGAUGGCGACUACGUCGUCUUUGGUAUACUAGCAUCUAAGUCAACUCCGAAAGAACACCAAGAUCCGAAGAAAGGCGCCUCCAGUAGCAAAGAUGCUGAUGACGACGGAUCAAACAAUAGUUCUAAAUACAUGGUCCUUACCCUAACGGACCUAAAAUGGUCUAUCGACCUCUUUCUUUUCUCCACCGCGUUUCCCAGAUAUUACAAACUCAUCCCAGGCACCGUCAUCGCCAUCCUAAAUCCUUCAAUAAUGCCACCACCACCAAAUAAACUCGAUACUAACCGCUUUAGCCUUACGUUAAACUCAUCAGACGACACAAUUCUCGAAAUAGGCAAAGCCCAAGACCUAGGUUUCUGUAAAGCAAUCAGAAAAGACGGCAAAGUAUGCGAAGCAUGGGUCGAUGGUCGAAAGACCGAAUUCUGCGAAUUCCAUGUUGACCUGCAACUUCGCAAGACAACCGCGAAGCGGAUGGAAGUGAAUAGCGGUCCUGGUAUCUUUGGGCCAGGAGGCCGGCCAGGCUCCCGGACCGGCAUGUUUAACAGAAAGCGGGACAAUAAGGAUUUUAGGCUUAAGCCUGAAGGCGCACAGACAGACCGUUCUACUGGAUCUACCUACUACGUUGCGCCUCCUGUCCCAGGUGGUCGUUCAGCAGCCAGUCUGAUUGAUGCAGACGACCCUUUUAUCGCUGCUGCUCAUGAUUUCCAACGUGGUGGUAAUGGCAAACUGGACCGUUUGCAGAAACGUCUCGCGGAGCAAGAGCGGGAGCGCAAUAUUGCCAAAUUACUUGGGGAAUCUAAUUCUGUUGGGGCUCAGUACCUGCGUCAUCGACGGGCGAAUGACACUUCGGGGCGCGACGGUCCUGUUGUUGGUGUUCCCAGCAGUAGCAACGGCCUCACCUCCGACACUGGCAAUAAUAAUGAGAAAGACGAUGAAUCUGCAUCACAGUCGGCACGGAUGACACUAGGGCUAAGUAGCAAAAUGAAGAGUGCUAGCCAUGUCAAGCUAGGUCCGAUGAAGAAGGGUGCUGUUAAUAAGAAGACCAGAUUCGUCACAGCGAAGGGCAUCAGAGAUGCGGGGAGGGAUAGUCUCGGUGGUCCUGGUGGAGGUACUGGUAAUGAAAAUAAUGUGGAUUAUGAUGAUGACUUGGACAUUGUGUAGAGCGUGCUUCGUUGCCGUAAUUUUAUGCUACGCAGAAAACGCUGACCUCUUUUGUUUACCCCCUUAUUUCACCUUAGUUCUAACAUUAAUGCUGUUUUCGGUGUGUUAAGCAUUUGUGAGUUAGAACAUUUUUCGGUUUGGAUCGCGAGGGCUAAGCUUGGUGGAAUUUCGCCUUGGACGCGAAAAUGAACGCGAUCAUUGGUUUUUUGAUGAAUUAUUAAUGACUAUAUCGAUUUUCGGUUUGAUCAGGGAUGCAGCAUUGCGUAUUUUCAUCUGUAUUGUACUACUAAACUCCAUGUAUUUUUUAAUAACAAAGCCCAUUAACUCAGAAUCAAAGCAGGACAAGAAUGAAAUUGCGGGUUUUUCUCAAUUCAAUUUGCUACCGUUAGCUAUGUGAUGAGGGGAACUAAACAGGA